CUGAGGCGGGGCCUAACAACCAACUCCAGGGAUCGCAGGGCUGGGACCCCGCAGCCAGCUUUCGCCAUGAAGCGGCCCAGAGCGCCCAGUGGCUCCGACGGCGAGUCUGAUGGACCCAUCGACGUGGGUCAGGAGAACGAUCUUAGCCAGAUGGCCAGGCCGCUGACUACUCCCAGCCCUUCGCAGAUGCAAGCCCGGAAGAAGCGCAGAGGGAUCAUAGAGAAACGGCGCCGAGACCGCAUCAACAGCAGCCUUUCUGAAUUGCGACGAUUGGUCCCCACUGCCUUUGAGAAACAGGGCUCCUCCAAGCUGGAGAAAGCUGAGGUCUUGCAGAUGACCGUGGAUCACUUGAAGAUGCUCCAUGCCUCCGGUGGCACAGGGUUCUUUGAUGCCCGAGCCCUGGCUGUUGACUUCCGGAGCAUUGGGUUUCGGGAAUGCCUCACUGAGGUCAUAAGAUACCUGGGGGUCCUGGAAGGACCCAGCAGCCAUGCCGACCCUGUCCGGAUUCGCCUCCUCUCCCACCUCAAGAGCUAUGCAGCAGAGAUGGAGCCCUCACCCGCGACCACCGGUGCCCUGGCCUUUCCCGUGUGGCCCUGGUCCUUCCUGCAUAGCUGUCCAGGCUUGCCUUCCCUGAGCAGUCAGCUCGCCAUCCUGGGAAGAGUACCAGGCCCUGUGCUCCCCAGCGUCUCUUCUCCCCCUUACCCUAUCUCAGCCCUGAGGUCGGCACCAGUGCACAGACCUGCUGGUACCAUUCCCCCAGCCCGGCGGAAUUUGUUGCCCAGCCGAGGGGUGACUUCCACCCAGAGAGCCCAUCUUCCUGAGCGGCCAGCUGCCCCUCCACCCACAGCCCUCGAUGUCAGGGCUACCAGGAGCAUAGUUCCCAUCACGCCAUGUUCCUCCCCAACAGCCCCUGGAGCUGGGAAAUCUGACGACAGUGUGUCAGGUUCCAUCUCCAGCCCAUGUCCUUCGGGGCCAACUGGGAGGCCUGCGGGAGCAGUGUUCUACCACUCCUGGGUCUCAGAAAUCACUGAAAUUGGGGCUUUCUGAGCUGACUCCCCACAACUACCCCCUAGGAAUGAGGAAGGUUCUUUUUUUCUCUCCCUGAAGCUCUGAAAUGGUGCCAUCUUGUCUGUUUUGUUUUCUCAAAUGGCUUCUAUGCAAAGGCACCUCUCCUCACCCAUCAGAGCCUCACCCCCCCCCCUCGCCCUCCUCACCACUGACCCUGAUAGCCACCUGGCUUCCCUGCAGCCUUUUGAGAACUCAGAGCCUUAGCCUCAUUUCCCACUGGCGCAGAUGAAUUACAUGGUGCCUUGUGAGCCCCCAGGUACUGUGGACCCAGUACACACAUGGACCCUGGGUCUGAGUUGAAGCUUUAACUUCAAGGAUUCCAUGGCCAGAGCCAUGAAGAGGUGAGACACACCGCCCCUCCUUAGUCAGGAUGACUGGUGAGAUUCAGCCAUCCCAAGCCAACAGGAUGGAAUGUACUGUCUGCGUCCCUCCCUGAAGACGAAGCAAAGCAGGGGCUGCUGGGAAGUCUCUGUGGCUCACCCCAUAACAGUGAAACACAGAACAGAUCUGUUCUCCAGUCCAUCUAAGGCCACAACCCUUCCCACAGGGGUCCCAGGUUGGAGGACCAGCAGCCCCAUGGUGGCACCUCCCAAAGAGUCAUUCUCUUGGGAUUCAGCACCAGACAUACGAGCUGCCUGGUUUGCAUCCGGCUCCCAGAGCCCAGACUGCUGCCACAGCCAAGGGCUGUCAGGCUGGAUAAAAAUAACUUGGAGGAGGGGGAGAACCAUCAGAGGCGGCUCUUCAAGGUCAUGGAGUGGGUUGAGGGCCUGAGAGCUUACUCACCCAGAUUUCACACAGCUGGCUCUGCUCAGAGGCCUGCCUACUCCUCAGCUCCGCCUCGGGCCUCUGGCUUUUAAUGGGAAUAAAUGACCAGUGGAACAACAGAGACUGAACCAACAUUGAGGGCUGUCCUGUCAGCGGACAAAGUGUGGAAACAUUUCUGCCCUCUUUGGUGAACACCUGCUCCCCACAGUUUCCCCCCAGGACCACCCAGCAUGCCCUCUGGAAGCACCCUGGCUAAUCCCUGGCAAAGCCAAGACUGUGGGAAACUAGAACUGGUUACUCACUACUGCUGGGACCGUGUUGAUCAUGAAAUACCUUUGAGGUCACCCUGGAAAGGUCUCCCCCACACACGCCCUCCUGCAAACCCCAUCCCCAGACUUUGAUGGAACCAUGGUCCCCAGGGUUGUUGUAAGGAGCCUGUGGGCACAAGAUUAGAGUUUGCAAAAAGCCAUGGAGCAAAAGAGUCAUUUCAGAAAAGUGGGACAGAGGGCAGAGGUCACCUGAGUGACCCAGAAAGUGCUUGUGAAUAGGUCAAGAAGCGAUAAAGACUCCCUUUACUCCCUAAUGACAGACACAGGGACAGAAGGACGCUCCUGCAGGCUCCUGCAAGUGGGGAGAGGAGGCGAUAGAAGUCCCCAGAUAUUUGGGUCUCCAUGCAGGCCUGUAGUUUGGCAACCUCCUAGCCAGAGAGUCAGUGUCUGCCCACAGCUUCACUGGAGGAAACAUUUCCAUGCUGCAGGUACUCGAGCUGAAGAACAGUCUCUUGACACCAUAGGGACAUAGCAGAAGUGGCUGAACCCUUUGAGCAUCCAUCCUGAUUGGUCUUGGGUUCAUUCUCCCAGGAGACUGGGAGGACCACCCCACCCCCACCCAGCUGAGAACUCAAGUCCCCUGUUUUCAGUCUCAGACAGAAAUUUCUGGUGGCCCCAGCAGUCUUAUCCCACUCCAGGGUGUUGCAGACAAACAAUAAAGAUGUUUAGUUCUGGACACUUCCACCAGACUCUAAGUCCUCAGUAUUUCUGGAGUCUCUGAACCUAUAGCCCUGGCCUCUCCCUACAUUAUCCCCAGCUUCCUUGCUUCUCUCUAGCUGUGCCAUCAGUUCUGAACAGCCACUGGAGAGAAUGUGGCAUGUGCAGGGCGCAUCGCAUCAACCCAGCCCCAGACACCCCCCACACCCUGUUAUUCUAGUGAUAAAAAUCAGAAUACUUUUUACAAUCCACACCUGACUUCUAGUCUUAUUUCUUGCUGGCCCCAAUCUUGCUCAGUGUUUAUGCUACGCUGGCCUGUUCUCUGUCCCCAGCGUUUCCAUCUUAGAGCUUCUCAUACGAGGGUUCCAGAAUGCUUCCCCCACUCCCUUUAUGUGGCCUACUUCACCUCCUCAAGCCUUGUCUUCCAUGUCACCUCCUCCUGCAGGCCUCCUGAGACUCCUGUGCUUGAGUAGCUCAUCCACCUGAAAGGUCCCAUUGCUUCCCUGCCUGGAGAGUUAGCUGAUGUACAACUACUUGUGUGUCCACUUGAUUAGGUAUAGUCCCCACCGGAACGUAAGCUCAGUGAGGCCAGGGGCCAGAGCUGGCCUGUGCUGCCAUCUGCACCCAGCGCUGAGCACAGUGCCUACUGACUUCUGUUGCAUAAGUUGAUCAAGGAGGUGAGAAGGCUUCUGGUUUCCUGCUGUGGCUGGCAGACUCUGCUAGGGUGAGUUCCACUGCCAUUCCUGCUGGCUGACUUUGAGAGGAGACAGGAGAGCCAGGGCCAAAGGACUGGGGGUUCUGGCAGAACGGUCGAUCAGAAGGCCCUGGCCAGAGGAGACGCAGGCGUGCUGGCCUUGGAGUAAAUGCUGACAGCUGAGUCUGCUGGCGAGUUUGUUCUCUGCUCUUGGCCUGGCUUCUUAAUAUAUCUAGCUCCCAACAAAUCCAGCAUUCAUGGAGAUCUGCUCUGUGCCAGCUAGGCCUGGCAGAGCCAACGGUAACAAACACAUGGUCGCUCAGAGGGCAGUGUAUCCUCUACCUAGAUAAGAUGGGCAUGUGACAACCCCUGGGGAGGGCAGAGGGCUGCAGGGUGGGGUAGGUGUCUCUGGCUAGGCAAGCUGUGGGAGGGGCCUGGAAGGAAACCCUACCAGAGGAGGACCAGGGGACUCCCUUCCAGAGAUCUGGAGGCUCACCCAGGAGCUACAGAAGCAGGCUCUGAACAUAUGUGGAGGAUGGGCUAGCCUGAGCUCUGAGACUAAUCUUCUGUAUUACAUACUUGUUAAUGAGAAAUCAUUUUCUUCAAGGUCUUUGCCCUUCUUGAACUUAAUGUUUUCAUAUGUAAAAUGGCUAUGAUGCAGCCAUGGCUCCCCACAUAUGUGCAUGUGCAUACA